CGAACCUAGCGGAGAUUAAUAAGGCGUAUACUCGCAUAGGCAUAGGCCUUUCAUUGUACACUACGUAUUCGUAUUCUAAUUUUUCUGAAGCUCGACUUUAACUGCGUGUAUGUGAUUUUGUAAUCACGUGUGGAUAGUAUUAAUACGGGUACAGUUAGCAAUGCCAUAUUGUCUAAUUUGACAAUGUCAGAGGGGACGAACGAUUCCGCGACAGGUGUCAGACAAGAGCAGGUACCAAACUCUAAAAAAAUACGCUACGAUCCAGAAGAAUACAAACUGAGAAAACGAUUGCCAGCUCGGCUUCCGUCACGAUCAAACGACGUGUAUGUCAACAAUAAAACAGAUUUCAAGGCUCAACUCGCUCGCUGUUUCAAAUGUUUAGAAACUGAAUCAAGUGUUCAUAUUCAUGGUCUGGGAGCAGCAGCUCCUAAAGCAAUAAAUCUAGCGUUGCAAAUCCAACUGAAAUCAAACACUCCUCUAGAACUUUCAGUAAAUACAUCAACAGUUCACUUGAUUGAUGACUUUGAGCCUCAAUACGAUUCUGGAGAUUUCUACUCUAAAGAAAGGCAGAAUUCUGCAGUCAUCAUUAAAGUUUACAAAUUGUUGAACAUGGACAUGAAUGGAAAAUAAAAUGUUUUUCUCCUUGAAAGAAACAACUCGCCUGCUGGGCCUUACUCCUAUAGAGAUAUGGCUCCAUAUUGUUGGAUUUACUGUAUUCUCAAUUUUUUUUGUAUUGAAGGCUGAAUCUGUUGUGACCUUUAACUGGUGGUUAGUGUUUUCUCCUUUAUUUGCUGCUGAUGGUGUACAUUGCUAUUUUGUUUAUGUGGUGCUUUUAAGGAUGCUUCUUGCAGGGAUGUAUAAGGCAGCUCCAUUGAGAGCUUUGUGGAGCUGUACCAUUCUUGGUUUACAUUUUGCUUUCAAAUUUCUUCUUUGCAAAAAACUGAAUGGGCAGUUGUCAAUGGAUUAUGCUGAGAUUUUAGCCCCUGUUAUGAUUAUGCUCCAACUCUUCAUGAUAAGGGCUUGUCAAAUACACUGAUGUGAAAAUAA